UCUGGCUGGAGGAGAGCUUGUUGCCAUGCUGCGGAGCGGCUGCUGGCGGCUGAGAGGGUGGCUCCACCGCCCGCGCGGCGCUCUGCGGGGUUCUGCCGAGAGCGGCCGCCGGGGCUUGGUGUCCUGCAUAGAUCGUAGAGGUCAGUGAUUCAUCAGUCUUAUAUAACACCCAGUGCUCAUUACAUCACAUGCCUUCCUUAAUGUCCAUCACCCAGGUACCCCAUUCCUCCAUCUCCCUCCCCUCCAGCAACCCUCAGUUUGUUUCCUAUGAUUAAGAGUCUCUUAUGGUUUGUCUCCUUCUUUGAUUUCAUCUUGUUUAUUUUUUCCUGUCUUCCCCUAUGAUCCUUUGUUUUGUUUCUUAAAUUCCACAUAUCAGUGAGAUCAUCUGAUACUUGUCUUUCUCUGAUUGACUUAUUUCACUUUGCAUAAUACCCUCUAGUUCGAUCCACAUUGUUGCAAAUGGCAAGAUUUCUUUUUUUUUUCUUUUUUGUGGCUGAGUAGUAUUCCAUUGUUUAUAUAUGCACCACAUCUUCUUUAUCCAUUCAUCUGUCGAUGGACAUCUGGGCUCUUUCCAUAGUUUAGCUAUUGUGGAUAUUGCUGCUAUAAACAUUGGGGUGCAGGUGCCCCUUCGGAUCCCUACAUUUGUAUCUUUGGAGUAAAUAGUAGUGCAAUUGCUGGGUCAUAGGGUAGCUCUAUUUUCAACUUUUUGAGGAACCUCCGUACUGUUUUCCAGAGUGGCUGCCCCAGCUUGCAUUCCCACCAACAGUGUAGGAGGGUUCCCCUUUCUCUGCAUCCGGGAAAGAGAGAAUCUUAAGCAAGCUCCACGCCCAGGACAGAACCCAACCCGGGCUGGAUCUCAUGACCCUGAGAUCGUGACCUGAGCCAAAAUCAAGAGUCAGAUGCUUAAUGGACUGAGCCACUCAGGAGCCCCAGGCCCUUUUUCUGUUUAGCUUUGCCAUUUUACAUUUUACUGUGUGUGUUCGCUUCUUGAACUCUUGCUAGUAACUCGGCCAAUUUCGUGAAGUCUGGUUUUUGUUUUGUUUGUUCUUAAUGUAUUCUGGGCCCGCGGGUAUUUUUACUUGGUUACCAUGCUUUCUUGUGUAUAAUUUGCUUUUUAACUUGCCUUUUCUACUUUUUUUCCACCAAGCAGCGCUCUCAUUUUAUUAGCAUUCCCUUAUCAAAAAUUGGGUUGGAUAUUAUAUUUCAAAAUGUGUAAUUAUGUUGUAUAUACUUGCACAUAAGAUUUGCAUACACCUAUUCCCUGUUGUUUACUUAGAAUGCAAUUCAAACCUAUUUCUUAAACAUUUUGUUUCUUGAACUACUUGUUUUACUCUAAUAAUAAUAAUAGUAAAUGUUUGUUGAGGUCUUGCUGGGACUGAAAUUCUGUAGCACCUCUCUUUAUACUGUAAGAUUUACAUUAUUACCAUUUAUGAUAGCCUUUGUGUGAAUGGACUGUAUUCAUCUUUGUAACCCCAGCACUGUUCCAUAGUAGACAUUCAAUAAUUAUUCUUUUGUGAAUGGUCUUUGAGCUAUGAUCUACAAGAGCAUUUCUGCAAGACUUCUGCAAACAAAUAACCGGACUCUCAGUCAGGAACUGUGAAGUGUUCAUCCCUAACUGUAUUCCUCUACCAUGGGACUGAAUGAAGAGCAGAAAGAAUUUCAGAAAGUGGCCUUUGACUUUGCUGCCCGGGAGAUGGCUCCAAACAUGGCGGAGUGGGACCAGAAGGAGUUGUUCCCAGUGGACGCAAUGCGGAAAGCUGCUCAGCUCGGCUUUGGGGGAAUCUACGUACGAACAGAUGUAGGUGGGUCUGGACUGUCACGGCUCGAUACAUCUGUCAUCUUUGAGGCCUUGGCUACAGGCUGCACCAGCACCACAGCCUAUAUAAGCAUCCACAACAUGUGUGUCUGGAUGAUUGAUACCUUUGGAAGUGAGGAACAGAGGCACAGAUUCUGCCCACCGCUCUGUACCAUGGAGAAGUUUGCAUCCUACUGCCUCACUGAGCCAGGAAGUGGUAGUGAUGCUGCCUCCCUUUUGACCGAAGCAAAACGACAAGGAGAUCAUUACAUCCUCAAUGGUUCCAAGGCCUUCAUCAGUGGUGGAGGUGAAUCAGACAUCUACGUGGUCAUGUGCCGAACAGGAGGGUCAGGCCCCAAAGGCAUCUCUUGUAUAGUUGUGGAGAAGGGGACCCCUGGCCUUAGCUUUGGCAAGAAGGAAAAAAAGAUGGGGUGGAACUCACAGCCAACGCGCGCCGUGAUCUUUGAAGAUUGUGCGGUGCCCGUGGCCAACAGAAUUGGAAAUGAGGGACAGGGCUUCGUCAUUGCCAUGAAAGGACUGAAUGGAGGGAGAAUCAAUGUUGCUUCCUGCUCCCUAGGAGCUGCUCAUGCUUCAGUCAUCCUCACCCGAGACCAUCUCAGUGUUCGGAAGCAGUUUGGAGAGCCUCUGGCCAGUAACCAGUACCUGCAAUUCAAACUGGCUGAUAUGGCAACAAGGCUGGUGGCCUCACGGCUGAUCAUCCGCAGUGCAGCGGUGGCUCUGCAGGAGGAGCGGGAAGAUGCAGUGGCCCUCUGCUCCAUGGCCAAGCUCUUCGCUACAGAUGAAUGCUUUGCUAUCUGCAACCAGGCUUUACAGAUGCAUGGAGGCUAUGGCUACCUGAAGGACUAUGCUGUUCAGCAGUAUGUGCGGGACUCCAGGGUCCAUCAAAUCCUAGAAGGUAGCAAUGAAGUGAUGAGGAUGCUGAUCUCUCGAAGCCUGUUUCAGGAGUAGCACCCAGACUUGAUGUUCGGGCGUGAUGGUUAAUGUACACCUCGAAUCAGAGGUUUCAUGUGGACUGCAGAUGAGGCAUGGAUUAGAUUGAAGGGCUGAGCUCUUCCAGGUGGACCCAGAGUGUUGGGAGCAGCAUCAGCUAUAGGACUGGGACAGAGUCCUCAGCAGAACUAAAGGAGCUGCCCUGAUUGAGAUUGUCACAAGAAGACACACUACCUUGUUUUCCUAAUGCAAAAAGGUGACCAGGGAAGACUCACCACCAAGUCAGAGUCCUUUCUUGGAUACAUGUUGUCUUGAUUUGUCUGCAUUUUGGUGGUUCACUGAAUCUCUCUUCCGAGAUCUGAACCCUUCCAUUGAGGGUUUUUCCUGAUGAUAAAGCAAAGGUGUGGGAAAGGAGAAAUGGAGGAAAAAUGCUCUCCUAUCUUUUCCUGUGCUCUGCUAAAGAUGCAGAAGGUUUCUGUGGGUUGCAUUUCCUUUGUAGUACUCCUGUGAAUGUAAAUCAUGAUAAAAUGAGUAUUUGGGAAACCUUACUCCUAGGUGUGAUUUAGGGUAUAUCUGCACUUGUACACUUUCUGAAUAUCAAGGGCUGAAGUUAUUUGGAACUCUGAAUGUUUGUUGUUUUCUUUUUUAGAAGCAUGUGGUCUAAGAAUGGUAUUCAAGCUUCUAUAGCCCUUCCUGAUAAGUACUUUGAGCAUAUUUUCUUUCUAUCUGAGUGCAAGGAAAUGAUAGGCAUAUAGAAGAGAGAGAGUUAUCUGGCAAAAGUGAUAAAGUAGGAAGAGAUUCAUAAAGAAGGUAGAAAUUAAAAUUAAACUUUUAUGAAAAUGUGUAAUAUGUAAAGAGAACCAAGAAAGUCAGUUUCAGACGGGGGAACGAGGGGCAGGAAAAGUGCAGAAUUGGUGUAGGAGCUGUUUGCAGCUUUAUUUUGUUGUGCUUUGGGCUUGGCAUGGGAUGGAAAGAAAAUAUAAGUUGAAUCUGGAUGGAGAGUUGAUGGAGAGUUAUGAAAGCCAAAGUGUGGGUUUUAUUUCAUAAGUAGUGGAGAAGAUGAGAAGAGUUUUAAUGAAGCUAUAAUGAGAUAAUUUGUUGAUAAGAACAUUCUGGAAGGCAUAUGCAGGAUGAAUAUGAGGAGGGGAAAGACAAAGAUAAGGCAUGUCCAGUCUGUAGGUUCUGGAAGUAAUUAAGGUCAGAGGCAAUUCGAGCCUGAACUUGGAAGGUAAAGGAAAGAGGAUGUAAACAGAUACAGACCCAUGCUUAGAAUGUUUGCUGUGGAACAUGGAACAUGAAGGUCUCCCUCGUAAUUGGGCUGCUUUCUAGCAUUCACUUCUGAGGCUUCUGUUCAGAUUUGAAGCAAAAAUAGGUAUUAUAUUAAUGUCUUACUAUUUGUGUCCCUCAUAAGAGACUAAUGAAAUGCCAGUUAUUACAAAUGCAAUUCACUCUGUCACCCUCCAUUACUAUUCAGAGUUCAGUUCCCCAGCAGCCUAGCAAGGGAUUUGACCCCUGUGGCAAGAACGUAGGGACAUUCAAGCUAAUCUCUAUCACUGUUUAUUUGGCCAUUCCAUAAAUGAAGCCAAAAGGAGCAGAACAAAUAUGUCUUAAGGAAAACCUCUAUGCCAAGUACUAACACAUUUACAAAGUGCGCUGGGGCACAAGUAGUCUUGUGAUCCUAACAUGAUGACCUCAGUGAAAAGUGGAUUUCUAAGUUGUCUUCAUAAUCUCUUUAAACUAUAUUCCCUUAUAAUACUUUUACAGUUGAGGGGGAAAUCUAAUUGUUUUGAUUAUAUGUCCCUUUAAACAGAGGAAUGUUUAAGUCACCCAUUAAAAUUUUCAUCCUUUGAAGAUUCAGUAAAUUAGAAAUAUCUUAUUUACUUAUUUGCUUUAGUGCUUAUCUAGUUAUGCUUUUAUUUUAAAAACACUAGGACUUCUCCAAAGUAGUUUCCUGCGGAUUAUCUCCUAUAUCUCAUGAUUUUCACAAGGAGCUCCUUGCAUGAAUAGGUACUUGAGAUACUUGUUGUGUUAAACUGAUCUGAAUUGAAUUAACAACCCUGAUGAAAACAGCAACUGCCAAUGUUACUGUUCAGUUAUGAGACUGGACUAUGGAUUCAGGCUCCCAUAUCUGGAUUUGAUUGCUAGCUUUAUUCACUAACCAUGUGACUUUAAGGAAAAAAACACUUAAACUCUCUGUGCCUGUUUCCUUAAAUUAUAAAUUGUGUGUGUGUAAAUUGGAGAUAAGGAUCCCUGCCUCAUAGGAUAAUUGGUGAGUCAAGUGAAAGAAUCCAUAUAAAGGCCUUUGAACAGAGUACAUUAAGCAGUCUCAAAUAUUAGUAUUAUCAAUCUCAUUUUAUAGGUGAGCAUAGUGAACUGUAAAGAGAUUAAGUGACCUGCUCAAACUUACACAGGUGGCAUGCUGAAGGGUUAAGACACAUCUCUGCCAAGAACCUUUAAAAAGUUAGAAUCAUGACUACUAGUCAUUUAGUGCUAAAUACCAAAUAGUUCUGGUCUACCUCUCUCCAGGUAGGUAAGUGGCAGGAUUGCAUUUUCCCUUUGCCAACUUUACAGAAACGUAUACGUACAUAAACAGAUUUCUAAGGUUUCUCCCAGGAUCUUAGAAGGGACCCAGAGCUUAAGCUUUAGUUUCACAGUAAAUUUCCUAUUGUCUGUCCUCUCUGCUUUAUCUAAACAUCUCCAUAUAUAUUCUUCUACCCAAAAUUUGUUUCCUAUUUGGCACUCAGGCUGUUAUGCCUAGGAGUUAUGAUCAGCCAAACACCAUAUGAAUGAAUGCUCUCCUUUUAAGCGUGAGCAGGUGAGGAGUGCCUGUCACAGUGUCAUGACAAACACUGGAAUAGCAUGGGUCCCUGCGUCCCCACUCCAACAAUUCCCAAUUAGUGAUUCCCAUGGGAAGGAAGAGAGGAGGAUCCAAAGAAGCCACUUAAGUGGGAGCCCAAUGGACAAGUUUUUCCAAUUAAAAUCCAGUCUCCUGCUUGGUGGCCUGUGGCAAGGACUGCCUGAGAAGGGAAAAAUGAGCCAGGAUAGACAAUAUUCUUUCAUUGCUUGGAAUGGAGCAAAAUCCAACACCGCUAGCAGGACCCCAAAAGCUUUUCCCUCCUGCUCCAGGAGGACUCAGAUUUCUCUCUGUUACUUGUAACUGAGGGUAGUGGUAAGUGUGCACUCAGGUCUUUUUACUUUUUCCUCCUGUCUACUUGUCUUUUCAGCCGGUUUCUUGAUCCAAAGCCCAGGACAUUCUGGGUCAGGCAGGGCAACUAGAAUAUUCACUUAUAUCACCACAAACAGAAAGGAAUCUUAGCUCUCUCUGAUCAGGCAUUCUUAAUCCCCACAGAACAGAAUGAGGGGUUGCCAGUUCUCUUCACACCAACAGAGGAGGAAGGAUAUUCUGAGCCAUCAUGCUCUAGAAAAGAGGGGGGCCUGUGAUUUAUUUCCAGUGCAGUUCUACUCAGUGUUGGUUUGGUUCUUUCCCCCACACCCAACUUUAACAUGGGCAUUAUGGUUUCCUCAAGAGCUAUAUAAACAAUACUCCAAGAUAGUCCACUGGUUCCCUUCCCCAGCUGUCACCCAGACUGGGGCCCUGAGCUACCCACACUAUUCCGGCCUUUCUAAAGAAAAUUUCAAAGUAUCACUGGUUUCCAUUUUUCCUUUAAACCAGUCUGUGGACUUGGGACGCCUGGGUGGCUCAGUCGGUUAAGUGUCUGCCUUCGGCUCAGGUCAUGAUCCCAGGGUCCUGGGAUCAAGUCCCGCAUCAGGCUCCCUGCUCCGCGGGGAGCCUGCUUCUCCCUCUGCCUCUGUCUCUCUCUUUCUCUGUCUCUCAUGAAUAAAAAAAUAUAUAUAUAUAUAUCUUUAAACCAGUCUGUGGACUUAAUGGGCCAUAAGAUUCUUCCACCAGACUCAGGUUGUAAGUCAGAAAUAUAUUGGAUUCAUCUCUUUAUUCUUGGUUCAUUCUUCACAUAUAGUAGGAGCUCAAUGUUUUUUGAGCAGAUGAAGACUAAAAAAGCCAUCACCACCAAUAUGAUACUAAUUGUAGCUGCUGGCAAAUACUUUUUAGGAAUAGGCAAGACACACCAUCAAAAGUCAGCUAACUAGAUGCAAGAACUUGGAUGGACCUCCAGGAAAGUUUGGUGAGUGAAAAGCAAACUCAGAAGGUUGUGUACUGUGUGAUCCCAUUCAUAUGGCAUUCUUGAAAUAAUGCCAUUAUAGAGGUGAAAAACAGGAUUGUGGUUGCCAGGGAUUUGACUUGGGGGAGGGAAAGAGGGUCUAUAAAAGGGGAGCCUGGGGGUAGGGGGUGAACCUGUGGUGGUGGCCACAAGUAAGUUUGCAACUCUCUCCGGAGUUUCCCAGGUAUAAUCUGAAACCAGCUUUGUGUAGGGCUGGGACAGACCAAAGAAAGGCUGACCAUUCCAGGUUGGUAGGUUGCAGGGUUUUUUUGUUUGUUUGUUUUUAAAGGUUUUAUUUAUUUAUUUGACAGAACACAAGUAGGCAGAAUGGGGAGCCUGAUACAGGGUUCAAUCCUAGGACCCUGGGAUCAUGACCUGAACCAAAGGCAGAUGCUUAACCAAUUGAGCCACCCAGGUGCCCCGGUAGGUUGCAGUUUUAAUAAGCAAAGGGAACUUACAUAUGAGUCUUGUCUUGGUCAGCAGCAAGACAGGUAGAUGCCUGCACCAGCCUGUUAAAUCUUAAAAAUUUUUAAAAAGGGAACCUCUUAAGUGCCCAGGUCGAGCUCUCUGGUCAAUCAGUGGUCACAUCUUUUUGAUCAGGUUCUCCAACAUCACACAAAACCACAGAUGUGAAACAAUUGCAUAGAACUGUAUACACAUACAUGCAAGUAAGCAUGCACAUAACUGGUGAAAUCUGAAUAAACCUCGUGGAUUGCACCAAUAUCAAUUUCCUAGAUGCUACUGUUGGGGGUGGAGGAGUAAGGGGUACCUGGGACCUCCAUACACUAUUUUUUUUUUUAACAACUUUUUGUGAAUCUAUAAUUACUUCAAAAUUUAAAAAAUUUAAGUUGACCACCUGAUGAAAGACUAUACUUGCAGGACCUAGCCUUCCCCAUCCCCUGCUAUUGGUGGCAGCCCUGUGUGGCCUCUACUCCUUGCACUGCAGUUCACUGAGCCUGGCUUAGGAGAGGGGAUGGUGACAGAGGGUUUGAGCCAAGGGAAAGUGGGAAGACUGAGUGAACAGGGCAGUGGUGGGCCAGGUAUUUAGAUUGGUCUUUACUUUUCAAGCCAGUGGGUCUAUGCCUACAAUUCAGGCCCUUGAGAGCAAGGUUCAAAAACCCCAUGCUGUCCCCAUCAAAAUACCAUCCAUUUUUUUCAAAGAAAUGGAACAAAUAAUCCUAAAAUUUGUAUGGAACCAGAAAAGACCCCGCAUAGCCAGAGGAAUGUUGAAAAAGAAAAGCAAAGCCGGCGGCAUCACAAUUCCGGACUUCCAGCUCUAUUACAAAGCUGUCAUCAUCAAGACAGUAUGGUACUGGCACAAAAACAGACACAUAGAUCAAUGGAACAGAAUAGAGAGCCCAGAAAUGGACCCUCAACUCUAUGGUCAAUUCAUCUUUGACAAAGCAGGAAAGAAUGUCCAAUGGAAAAAAGACAGUCUCUUCAACAAAUAGUGUUGGGAAAAUUGGACAGCCACAUGCAGAAGAAUGAAACUGGACCAUUUCCUUACACCACACACAAAAACAGACUCCAAAUGGUUGAAAGACCUAAAUGUGAGACAGGAGUCCAUCAAAAUCCUAAAAGAGAACACAGGCAGCAACCUCUUCGACCUCAGCCGCAGCAACUUCUUCCUAGAAACAUCGCCAAAGGCAAGGGAAGCAAGGACAAAAAUGAACUAUUGGGACUUCAUCAAGAUAAAAAGCUUUUGCAAAGCAAAGGAAACAGUCAACAAAACCAAAAGACAACCAACAGAAUGGGAGAAGAUAUUUGCAAAUGACAUAUCAGAUAAAGGGCUAGUAUCCAAAAUCUAUAAAGAACUUAUCAAACUCAACACCCAAAGAACAAAGAAUCCAAUCAACAAAUGGGCAGAAGACAUGAACAGACAUUUUUCCAAAGAAGACAUCCAAAUGGCCAACAGACACAUGAAAAAGUGCUCAGUAUCGCUCGGCAUCAGGGAAAUCCAAAUCAAAACCUCAAUGAGAUACCACCUCACACCAGUCAGAAUGGCUAAAAUUAACAAGUCAGGAAAUAACAGAUGUUGGCGGGGAUGCGAAGAAAGGGGAACCCUCCUACACUGUUGGUGGGAAUGCAAGCUGGUGCAGCCACUCUGGAAAACAGUAUGGAGGUUCCUCAAAAAGUUGAAAAUAGAGCUACCAUAUGAUCCAGCAAUUGCACUACUGGGUAUUUACCCCAAAGAUACAAAAGUAGGGAUCUGAAAGGGUACGUGCACCCCAAUGUUUAUAGCAGCAAUGUCUACAAUAGCCAAACUGUGGAAAGAGCCAAGAUGUCCAUCGACAGAUGAAUGGAUAAAGAAGAGGUGGUGUAUAUAUAUAUACAAUGGAAUAUUAUGCAGCCAUCAAAAGGAAUGAGAUCUUGCCAUUUGCAAUGACGUGGAUGGAACUGGAGGGUAUUAUGCUGAGCGAAAUAAGUCAAACAGAGAAAGACAUGUAUCAUAUGACCUCACUGAUAUGAGGAAUUCUUAAUCUCAGGAAACAAACUGAAGGUUGCUGGAGUGGGGGGUGGGGUGGGAGGGAUGGGGUGACUGGGUGAUAGACACCGGGGAGGGUAUGUGCUCUGGUAAGCACUGUGAAUUGUGCAAGACUGUUGAAUCUCAGAUCUGUACCUCUGAAACAAAUAAUGCAAUAUAUGUUAAGAAAAAAAAAAAAGAAGAUAGCAGGAGGGGAAGAAUGAAGGGGGGGAAAUCAGAGGGGAAGACGAACCAUGAGAGAUGAUGGACUCUGAAAAACAAACUGAGGGUUCUAGAGGGGAGGGGGGUGGGAGGAUGGGUUAGCCUGGUGAUGGGUAUUGAGGAGGGCACGUUCUGCAUGGAGCACUGGGUGUUAUGCACAAUGAAUCAUGGAACACUACAUCUAAAACUAAUGAUGUAAUGUAUGGGGAUUAACAUAACAAUUAAAAAAUUAAAAAAAAAAAAAAAGCCAUGCUGCUCCAUAGCAUUCCUCAGGGGGAGAUCAAGACCCUUGGAGGCCUGAAAAGAUUUGUGUCUCCUUCCCCACUCCCAUAAGCAAUAUUAAAUGAUAAAGGAUCUUGUAUGCCAAGGAGUUGGAUUGAAAAUUGAGAGGGAGGCAAACCAUAAGAGAUGCUGAACUCUAGGAAACAAACUGAGGGCUGCUGGAGGGGAGGUGGGGGGAGGGAUAAUUGGGUGAUGGGCAUUAAGGAGGGCACUUGAUGUAGUGAGUACUGGGUGUUACAUGCAACUGAUGAAUCACUAAAUUCUACCUCUGAAACUAAUAAAAAAAAAAAGUUAAAAGUGGAACUACCCUAAGAUCCAGCAACUGCACUAGGUACUUACCCAAAUACAAAAAUUCUGAUUUGAAGGGAUACAUGUUCCCCAAUAUUUAUUGCAGUGUUAUCAACAAUAGCCAAAUUAUAGAAGAGGUCCAAAUGUCCACCAACUGAUGAAUGGAUGAAGAAGAUGUGGUCUACACACAUGCACAAGCACACGUACUGGAAUAUUACUCAGCCAUAAAAAAGAAUGAAAUCUUGCCAUUUGCCAUGAUGUGAAUGGAUCUAGAGAGUAUUAUGCUAAGUGAAGUAAGUCAGUCAGAGAAAGACAAAUACCAUAUGAUUUCACUCAUAUGUGGAAUUUAAGAAACAAAACAAAUGAACAUAGGGGGUGAAAAAGAGAGGCAAACCAAGAAAUAGACUCUUAACUAUAGAGAACAACUGAUGGUUACCAGAGGGAAGGUGGGUGGGAGGAAUGGGUUAAAUAGGUGAUGGGUAUUAAGGAGGGUACUUGUGAGUACUGGGUGUUGUAUAUAAGUGUUGAAUCACUAAAUUCUGCACCUGAAACGAAUAUUUCACUGUAUGUUAACUAACUGGAAUUUAAAUAAAAACUUGAGGAGAAAAAGAAAUUAGGACUUCUCAGCAGGCUUUGCUUUUUCUUUAUCUGUAUUUUCAUGGUCACUCUUUAUUAUUUUGAUAGCUCAGAUGACCAUUUAAUAUGACAUUGCUUAUGUCUUAACACAUUUAGCAGGUACUUGUAUUCUUAGGACUUUUUUGUUUUGAAGACAAUUUUUUUUCUCUAUAAAAAAACAAUUAUUUUCAAAGAGAACUGCUUUCAAAGUUUCAUUUAUGUUGGUACAUUAGAGAGCCUUAAACAAAACCUGUAAUUAUAUAGUAAUUGAGUUAACUAUUUGUAGAAAUUUAUCAAUUUAGUCUUAUUUAAUUUAGUCAUUUACAUUUUGCCAGUUCUCGUGUCAGACUCCUUCUCCAAUAUCAGCAUUGUUCUGAACUAUGGAUGGAUUGCUUGAUCACUUUUAUUGUUUAAAUAAAAAGAGGCAUUUUCUCUUAUGGAAAUUUUCUUUCUUUAUACUUUGUGCAAUUAAGUCAGAAUUGUGGAGUUGAGGAUAGCCAAAGAGAAUGUUAGGGAAAUCUAAGCCCUGCCCACCAACCAGACUCCUGAUGACUUUCACAUCUGGUUCUAUUUGUGGAAAUGGCCUUAGCAUUUCCACAAAUACUUAUUUGCUCCUUUUAUUGCUCUCACUAAAUUCUGUUCAAUGUCUUGCCAGUUUAUGACCAUUCAGCUCUAUCUCUCUUAUCUGACCCCACCAACAUUCUUUGGAAUUGAAGCUGAAGUCCAGCUGCACUUGAUGCUCUAAUUUUUUUCCCCACCCUCUGCUGCUUCUAUCUCUGUCCAAUACCCACCUGUCACUCAGAACUCUCUGGACCCCAUACAAGGUGAUUGCUCACUCAAAGAACACACUGGUUGGACUUCCAGUUUUCUCCUUGAUGGGAAAAUCCAGCAUAUUUUUCCUGUAAGAAAGAGCUAUGUUCCAGAAUUAUUUUUCCCAAGAAUUAUCUGCAAUUUAUCUUACCCAUUCUUACACAUUUGUGGCACACCUUUUGUUGACUGGCAAGCAUCAUUUCAGCCACCUUGUGUUGACUGUCAGAGAACCUGCCACCUUUUCAGUAAGAAUAGUGGCAGCAGUAUUUGGGGACAUUUCAUGCACAGCUGUUGGGUUAGUGGGUCAUUGACCUUCUAAAUAUUUAGCAUUUUCAUAGUGAAAAUUAUUUUCACUCCUCUUCUCCAACCCAACUUGUGUUUCUCUAAGCUCAAACAACCUGUCCCAAACUAGAAUGAAGUCUCAGUUCCACCAUAGAUUCUCUGCUGUUGACUAGGAAAUGUCCUUUUUGAGGAGAUUCAGUGGGAUAUGACCAAAACCUCAGCCUUCCUUUUUAUAAUAUUUAAGGGAUACCUGGGCAAAAAGAAAAGAGUACUACCUAUAUCUUGCCAUCAGCUUUUUCUUAGCUAUGAACAGUUUAAUGGGUUUUCCUGGAAAAUUCUCUUAUAAGCCAAAGUUCAACCUCAUCUGAUUAUAGAGAGCUGUAGAUAUUAUGAUGAUCAUGGUUUAUAUACACAGAGGAUCCAGCAAUGUCAAUUUCAGUCUCUAGAUCCUUCAUUUCCUAAAACCACAGGUCAGAAAUAUGUAUAUGGGCCCAUCUUUUGAAGCAUCUAAGCAUGCAGUCCUUUAUUAUCUAAUAAUUAUUUUUAUUACUAUCAUCUUUCAUGAGUAAAAUUUUCAUGCACAAAAUCCUCAAGGGCAAAGUAUCAAUAUGAGAAGUUUGUGGCAAAGCUUAAUUCAAUUUCCAUCACAAUCCUUGGUAAAGCAUGUCUGCUUCUUUAGCCUAAGGGAAGAUGAAUCAUUUUACAAAGACUAAAGUUAAUUUUUCUAAAUGACUGCUUUUUUUGAGUCAUUAAAGACAGUCCCUGGCUGCUUACUGAU